UGUGUGUGUGGAAACAGUGCUGAUCCAUGUGUUUGAGAUAAAGCAAGACAAGUGACUUUUUUUGGGUUUUUUCUAUUUUAUUUUUUUUUGUUUUUGGAAAAAGAUCUAACUCUGUAUCACUCAAGGACCCACUACUCCUUCUUCUUGUGUCAGUGACGACUCACUCGUCAGGAUGACAUGGCGUCCUCAGUACCGCAGCUCCAAGUUCCGCCACGUGUUUGGUAAGGCCGCCACCAAGGAGAGCUGCUAUGAUGGUGUGCCAAUCACACGCAGCGUCCAGGACAACAACUUCUGUGCUGUCAACCCACGUUUCCUGGCAGUCAUCACUGAGUGUGCUGGGGGAGGGGCCUUCCUGGUCCUGUCUGUCCAUCAUACAGGUAAAGUGGACCCUCACCACCCCAGAGUGUCGGGCCACAGAGGAAACGUGUUAGACGUCAAGUGGAAUCCCUUCAACGACUACUGCAUCGCCUCGUGCUCCGAAGACACCACGGUGAAAGUGUGGGAAAUCCCUCCUCAUGGUGUGCUGAAGAACCUUACAGUACCGUGGAAGGAUCUUCAGGGUCACAGCCGCAGAGUGGGCCUCAUCGAGUGGCACCCGACUGCUAACAACAUCCUCUUCAGUACAGCCUAUGACUACCAGGUGAUGAUCUGGAACCUGGACUGUCCGGAGCAGGUGAUAAAGAACCCUGUGCGGACAAUCACCCACCACACAGACGUCGUCCUUUCCAUGUCUUUCAACACAGACGGCAGCCUCCUCGCCACCACCUGCAAGGACAGGAAGGUCCGACUCAUGGAGCCACGCUCAGGAAACCUACUGCGGGAAGCCAACUGCAAGACGCACAAAGCCAGCAAGGUGCUGGUCCUGGGUAACCUGAAGAUGCUCUUCACAACAGGCACUUCACGUUGGAAUGAUCGACAGAUUGCUCUGUGGGAUCAG